AUGCGGGGGAGCCAAGAGCGCGCUGGAGGCGGGUGCGGGGACCGGCCGACCGACCGACCGCCCGACCGACCACCCGCUCCCCUCCGACCCCGAACCCGACCCCGACCCCGAGCCGCCAUGGGGCUGACAGAUGCCAGUAUCUUUCCAUGCUGCAGUAAGAAGGACGUGGAUGUAGUGGAGACUUGCCCGAAUGAAAUUCAAGAACCAAAGCCAGAACCAGAGCCGGAACCAGAGCCCGAAGACAUGGUUGAGUUACUCGAUGAGCUCCCUGAGCUGGAGCUGGACCCGGAACCAGAAGAACCAGACCCAGAGCCGGAGCCAGAACCGGAGCCCGAGCCGGAACCGGAACCCGAGCCGGAACCAGAACCCAAGCUGGAACCCGAGCCGGAACCUGAGCCGGAACCGGAGCCUUUGGUGGAAGAAGAGCCCCCUAGCACAGUCGACGUCCAUGUGCAGACGUCGGAUUUGGUGUUCAAGCCGGCCCCGCGGAAGGUGCCCCCGGGCCCCAAGGCGGAUAUCGAGAUACAGACCUCCCUGGAUUUGCUUCAGUCCUCCCCGCCCAAGCCGCUGACCCCCGCCGCUUGCACCACAGAAGCGGAGCCGCCUGCCGGGGUCCGCGCAGCCCACGUGCAGACCUCCAAGCACCUGUUCUACGUCGACAGGCUCAUCCAGGCCUCGGAGAACAGCAUCCAACAGGCGGCGGGACCCGAAUCCCGGUUGCUGCCUCCCGCCCCGAAUGCCAAGGCCUCCUCUUCUCCCUCCUCUUCCUCCUCUCUCCCCAGGCCCCCCACAGAUAGCCCCUUCAGCCCCGCGGAGGCCUGGCCCACGUCCCAGACCUUGUUCGAGUCAGACCUGCUUAGGCGGGACUCUCAGGGCCGCGCUUUCGGGGAGGAGCCUCCCGCCUCCGACAUCUCGCUCAGCAAACGACAACCCCCGGAGGCCUCCUCGAAGAGCUCCUCUUCUGCCUCCGUUCUGGGACCCCGAGACGUGGAAGAGCAGGCUCCGGGGCACACUCCAGCCGCGACCCCUCCAGCCAAGCUCUCUGCUUCGAAGGAGUCUCAAAGAUUCGCUCCCGGGAUCUCUCCAUCCAGGACCCCUUCAGCCAGACUGUCUGCCUCGAAGGAAUCUCAAGGAUUCGCUCCUGGGCCCCUGCCGGCUGAGCCCUCUGCCUCCAAGGAGUCUCAAAAAUCUGCUUCCAGGCCUCCUUCAGCCAGACCUUCUGCCUCCAGGGAGUCUCAAAAAUCUGAUCCCAGGCCCCCUUCAGCCAAACCUUCUGCCUCCAAGGAGUCUCAAAAAUCUGCCUGCAGGACCCCUUCAGCCAGACUGUCUGCCUCAAAGGAGUCUCAAAGAUUCACCCCUGGGACCCCUCCAGCUGAGCCCUCUGGCUCCAAGGAAUCUCAAAAGGUUGUUUCCAGGCCCCCCUCAGCCAGGCCUUCCGUCUCGAAGGAGUCUCAAAGAUUCACUCCCGGGCCCCCUCCAGUUGAGCCCUCUGCCUCCAAGGAGUCUCAAAAAUCUGCUUCCAGGACUCCUUCGGCCAGACCUUCCGUCUCAAAGGAGUCUCAAGGAUUCGCUCCUGGGACCCUUCCAGCUGAGCCGUCUGCCUCCAAGGAGUCUCAAAAAUCUGUUUCCAGGCCCCUUUCAGCUAGACCUUCAUCCUCAAAGGAGUCUCGAGGUUUCGCUUCCAAGACCUCUCCAUGCAGGACCUCUCUAGUCAGGCCCUCUGCCUCCAAGGAGGCUCCAGAAUUCACCUCCGGGACCCCCGUAGCCGGGAGCCCCCUAGCUUGUCCAUCUGCGGAUCCUGGGGAGAAGCCUCGGACACGCUUCCCCUCAGAGCUGCAGGGGCUGCUCUCGGGACUGGCCACGGUAGAAAAGCUACAAGAGAAGAGGACCCCUCACCCCCAACCAACAGCUCAGGCAGCAGAGCAAGAAAUGCGGAAAAACGGGAGAGCAGGAACAAGGAGAGGGACCCCGAUAUUGCUGCAUAUACAUUUAAAGAUGUCGUGUCGCAGCCCCCCAACAGCCCCCCACAAAGCCUAGAUAAAGCUCGGCCUCCACCAAUAAAGCCUCCAGUGCUAAAGG